ACCUCACGCUCACACCUCGCUCGCGUGCCAUAUGUACAACACACACAAUAUGCGCAACGCCUCCGCAAUAACCCCCCUCCACAAUCACAACCCAGCACUCAAUCCCACACACGCCCCCUGGCGCAGCAUCCAGCCAAUCAGCGUUGAGCUAAAACCCCCAAGCAGCAAGCACGCCGGCCCGGCGCACGGAAUGGAACCGACCCCCCAGUCCCCGGGGCCCGGCGCAAUCAAGCAGCGGAACGCAGCAGCGACGGCUUGGCCGGCGGGCCUGCCAUAUUAACCAGAAACAUGGAGAAGAAGCAAAGAAGCA